GAGGAAACCGCAGGAAUAUCCGAGUUUUCCUGAAGGCAGCUGAAGAGCUUUGUGUCACAUUUUAAAUCUUCCUCCCGUUCACUAACUCUUGGUUCCGUCUGAAUAUUUAUAAAUGUUACCACCGUAUGUUUACAUGUCGCGUGUCCUUAAUGUAAAAACAACAACAACCUGAACAGCCAGCAGGUGGGUCAAAGCGGGUCAGGUCUGGUUCGUCCCGAUUGAACCAGGUUAGAUUUAGUAAGUUCGGGUUAAAGUAGGUUAAACAGAGUUAGUUGUAGUUAACUGGAGCGAAUCCUACCUGGACGUGAAGUCCGGAUGAGACCGGAACAGAAAGUGAUUCUAUUUGAAUAGGUGCUGACUCAUCGUCUCGUGACGUCCCGUGUCCGGUGCUCGUCUGGGAUCGACCGACUUGUUGGUUUUUCAUUAACUUAAAGAAACUUCUUAAUGAGACUGAUCCGGUUCGUGUUACAGAUCCACGUCUAAAGGUCAUUCCACAACAACACAACCUGAGACACUGUGUGGUGAUGCCGCCCCCUGCUGGCUGAUCAGUCACAUGUUUCACUUUCAAAUAAUUAGAAUUUAACCAUCGAGUUCCACGUGUUGUUUUCUUUCAUAAUUCACUGUGUAGAAGCCGGCGGGGGGGGGGGGGGCUCGUGCUGUCCGACAGGGGGAGGGGUCAUGGCGGUGGCUCAGGUGAGUCCAGGUGUGUUCCUCAGUGAUCUGGACUCCGCUCUGAGCGUCAGUGUGUUGAGCAGCAGGAACAUCACGCUCAUCGUCAACGCCAGUGGACUGGGGGGGGUGUCCUACCCUCAGCUGGACCUGCAGCUGCUUCACGUCCCCGUCCAGGACCAGCCUCAUGCCCCCCUGAGCCACUACUUUGAAUCUGUGGCUGAACGGAUCCGUCAAAACCACACAGGGGCCACGCUGGUCCACUGCACCGCCGGCCGGAGCAGAUCCCCCGCCCUGAUCAUGGCCUUCCUGAUGAGGUGCGAGGGUCUUAGCCUCCGUCGGGCGUAUGAGCAGGUUCUGGAUCAGAGACCCUUCAUCAGACCCAACGCUGGAUUCUGGCGGCAGCUGAUGGACUAUGAGCGGACUCUGUUCGGCAGGAACUCGAUGCGGAUGACGCGGACAUCCUGUGGCGUCCUGCCUGAGGCCCUGCAGGACUCUGAGGCCCAGCAGGACUCGGAGGCCCUGCAGGACUCUGAGGCCAGAGCUGCGUACUGUGUUAACAUCUGAGGAAACGGAUCCAGAUUCUCCUGAAGGUCCAGAACUUGACACGUCACAGAUAAACAACAAAAACUGAAGGAAUGUAAAGAAAAUUAAAACAUGAAUCAGUUGAUUUGAUGAAA